CGAGAUGCAUUUUUCUGAUAAUUCAGCAAGAUACCAGGUGCUGCUAGUAUAAUUUUACUUAAUUGUUUCCUGCUUUUUUUCUCCCCUUUUUGUCCAGUUUCCUGUUUGGAACUACAUUUGUUAUGGCUUCAGAGCAAUCUCAGCUUCAGAGAUGUCUACAAAAUCGCCGUUCUACCAUCAACUGUCUGUUAAAGGGUGUAGAGGACAACAAAACAUUUCCAUAUUCACAGGAGAAAACAGUCAAAGCAUGGAGCUCUCUGGAGAAUCUCGACAGUCCUGGCAUCAAAGCAGAGUGCCCUAAAGCUGAGGAGAGACCUAAAUGGCAGCAGUGCAUCAGCGUUAAUGUUGGAGGGAAAGUGUUUCAUAUCCCGAAACAGUGUGCCAUUAAAUAUCCUAACACUCGGAUAGGCUCCUUGGCUCUCUGCAGGGACAGAGCAAAACUCCUCACACUGUGCGACGACUACUCCGUAUGCAAGAAUGAGUUCUUCUUUGAUCGUGACCCUGCCUUCUUCCACCACAUCUGCCAUUUCUACACAAGCGGAGUGCUGUGGGUCAUACGGGAAAUGUGCCCCAUCAACUUUGAAGAGGAAAUUGCUUACUGGGGUCUGAGCCUGAAGGACACCCAGCGCUGCUGCUGCAUUGUGUUCGAGGAGAAGGUGGAUGAGGUGAAGGAUGACCUGAAGGUGGAGAGGGAGCUGAUGGCUGAGAUUGAGGUGAAGUACGACGAUGAGUGCUUCAAGGACAUGAUCUUUGGGAAUGUGAGAAAGACUCUGUGGAACAUUGUAGAGAAUCCGUACUCUUCAAGUCUGGCGAAGGCUUUCACUGUGCUCUCUAACUUUUUUGUGCUUUUCUCCAUCAUGGCAAUGACUCUCAACACAGUGGAGGAACUUCAGGUAUAUAGAAGUAAUGGCAAAACACACAUGGAAUGGGUGGAGAUCAUCACCAUUGUGUUCUUUACCUUUGAAUAUUUAAUUCGCCUUGUCACCACGCCUAACAUCAUAAUGUUUUUAAAGAGUGGACUCAACUUUGUGGACAUGGUGGCGGUCAUGCCUUAUUUCUUCCAGAUCAUCUUUGAAGCCUUUACUGACACUGAGGAUGUGAACACACACGAAGACCUCAAGGCCAUGGCUCGGGUCAGCAAGUUCAGCCAUGUCCUCAAAGUGGUCAAGCUGCUGAGGGUCUUUCGGAUUUUGAAGCUGGCUCGACACUCAACCGGCAUGAAAGCGUUUGGGUUCACUCUGCGGCAGUGUUACCAGCAGGCUUCCUGCCUUUUACUCUUUAUUGCCAUGGGAAUCUUCACUUUCUCUGCUCUCCUGCAUUCAGCCGAGAGGGAUACUGAGGGAUCUCCCAUCAGUAGUAUCCCUUAUGCCUGGUGGUGGGCUGCAGUCAGCAUCUCCACCGUGGGCUACGGGGAUGUGGUUCCUGUAACUCUUCUGGGCCGCAUUGUGGCCUUUGGCUGCAUUUCCUUUGGUAUCAUCUUGAAUGGCAUGCCAAUCUCCUUCCUGUUUAACAACUUCUCAGAUUACUAUGCCAAACUAAAAGCCCAGGAGUACAACACUACCUCAGUGGAGCGACGCUUUCAGUUUAGAAAGCGCCUCAGAAGCAGAAUGGACAUGUGUUUCCAUCCCUCAGAGGAAGACAAUAGUAGAGACAGCCGCUGCGAGUGCCCACACUGAGUUGCUUUUUAAAUGAUAUGAUCGUUUUUGGGAGUGUGUUGCUUGGUAAACUUGAGUUUCAGUCUUCAUUCGUGACCUGUUGGUUCUGUUAGCUGUUUCUGUUUAAAUAACAGCAAGGGAAACCACAAUGAGGGAAUAGGUGACACGGACAGGAAGAGGAAGUGGCGGUUUGCACAGAUGCACAUAGAUUCACUGAGGUCUAGUCUUAAAUAAUCAUUAGCAAAGCAGUGGAGAAAACAUUCAGAUAGCAGCAUUUUUAACUGUUGCUUGGUUUACGAGUUAAAAUGAUACACGUUUCCUGUCAUAAGUCAUAUCAGCUGUCAAUAACUGAUAGAUUUAUUACCUAUCAAAAAUAGUGGGACAGUAUUAGAAUUUACACUCCACUGCCCAACCACAAGUGAAUGUACAUUUUUGCUGUGAUAGUUAAAGACCUAAGACCUGCAGUUUCACGCCUGAUGACCAUCACUGGUGGAUGUUGCUCUUUGCACUCUGCAGCAAGUCAUCUGUCAGUGUGCGAAGACAUGUUACAUUACAGUGCUAUCACAGCAAUACAUAUACCAACAGAUGCGAGGACAAUGACAACGAUAACUGCUUUUUAUUGUUGUCAUGUACAUGUGGAUUUUUAAAGUUUUACCUUUAAUGUUGAAUUGUUUUUAUAAUUUAAUGGGGUGUGCUUGCCUCACCUGUUGUUAAUAUUCCUUUUAAAAAUAUAUUUUCUCAUGUUUUUCCACAUUAAGUAAUUAAACAUGAACAUCUGG